AUGGCUGAAGACGACAUUUUUAAGACCGCAAUUACUAUCCCUUUUGGUUUGUUUGAAUUUACCAAGAUGCCCUUUGAUCUCCGCAACGCAGCCCAAACUUUCCAACGUUUUAUGGACGAAGUUACUCGUGGUCUCGAUUUCGUUUAUGUCUAUAUCGAUGACAUUUUCAUCGCUAGCAAGAACGCCCUCGAACACGACGUCCAUCUACGAUUACUUUUCGACCGUUUUCGACAGUAUGGUGUGGUUAUCAACUCCGCUAAAUCCGUGUUUGGUGUUUCAUCUCUCGAGUUCCUUGGACACAAAGUUACUGCACACGGUAUCCAACCCCUUGACUCGAAAGUCAAAGCCAUCCGUGAUUUUUCCCUCCCUACGUCGCUCACCAAACUUCGAGAUGUUCUCACAUCCUUCAAUAUUCUCACAUCUUUCAGCCUCUCACUGACAUGCUCGCUUCCACAGGCUCCACCAAGAAGACAAAUAACACCCCACUCCAAUGGUCCAAACCAGCUACCACUGCUUUUCAGAAGAUCAAGAACGCCCUUGCUGAUUUCACUCUACUUUCACACCCAAAAUUCGCUGCUGAGCUGUGCCUCUUUUAAAUAUUAAUUUUAUAAUUCUUUUAAAACCUAAAAACCCGACGGCCUUUGCGUAUAUGAAACAACUAAACAAGACAGCAUAUAAUUUCAGUGUAUCUUUAUUGAUUCCCUUUUAUAUUAUAUCGAUUUUUUUACAAAAUAGAAAAGAAAGCAAAGUUAUUUGCAUGCGAGAAUUUGAAAUUAUUUUAUUGCAAACUCAAAGUUUAUCGAUAAAGCUAUUUAAAGAGUUAAACUUAAAGCAAUAAAGGCAGUUUAGUUUUAUAAAGAACACUUUACGUUUCAUAAAACGUUUUGCGAAGCGUUUGUUGUUAAAUUUUACCUUAAAUUGAAGCUUAUAUUACGUAUAAUAACAUACCUAGCAUAUAUAUGUUUGGGAAAUUGAUAAUUUUGUAAUUACCAUGACAACUACUUUAGAUACUUCAUGUUCGAAAAAUACAACGGUUUUGUCAGCAAGCGGCGAAGAUUUCUGCAUGCAGGUAUUUUCCCGUUAUAAUUCCAUCUCAGUCGCGUGUGGGAAUAAUACUUCCAUUGUUCUAUUUCGACUCUAUCAACCUUCUCGGAUUUUCUCCUGAUAUUCUACUCGCCUUCAGUGGUGACGCGAAUCAACAAGACAUUGGAUUUACAGGACGCUUAGAGAGAACAGUUUCAAAUUGAUAGAGCUGUUCAGUAUAAGUAAAGUUAGUUUAGUUAUUACAUCACCGUUUGAAGAAAUAUUCUUUGCUCUUUAGUUCAUGUAUACCAGCAGAAGAAGAGCCUGUGCUUACCAACACGAGUUACUGUCAACCUUUAAUCAAACUGGACAAACCAUUUUGUGAACAUUACGGAUUCAAACUUGAUAAAUACGUCAAUGUGUCGGUGGGUGACCAACGGUACUGGAAUGAUCGAUUGUGGAAGUUACAGGAACAGUACGACCAAAUACUUGUUAAAAGGCAAAAUCGUUCAAUCUCACCCGAAUGCAUUGACCAAUUUUGGUUCGCUGGCUGUCACUAUACGUUUCCAGGCUGCGAGCGCAGCACAAGUGUAUUUAAACCGAAGAGAUUUUGUAAGGAGUCUUGUAUUCAUUUUAGAAAUGAAUGUAGUAGGUUUGCAACGGUGCUUAAAGAUAUUUACUUGUCGGGGAAUCCAGGAAGAAAAUUUCUGUUCAGUUGCUUGAAAAGACCUUCAAGAAAUGCUGGAGACUCUCCUGAGUGUGUGUAUUACGAGAGGAAAGAAAGUUUGGAAAAGGAAGGUAUAUUGGUUGGUCGUCAGUGCGUCGUUUUUUAUUCAGUCCUGAAGUCAAUCAGUUAGCCGAUUGUUAGUCAGUCAGUCUGUCAGUUGGUCGGUCGGUUAUAUAAUCGAUCGAAUGGUUUGUCAGUCAGUCAUGAUGUCAGUCAGUCAGUAGGUUGGUUGGUCGCAAGGUUGGCCAGUUGUCUGGCCAGUCAGUCCGUCCGUUGGUCCAUCAGAUGGUCGAUCGACUGUCAGUCUUUUGGUUGGUCUGUCUGUCAGUCGGUCGGUCGGUAAGCUUUAAAAAUGUAUUGACUCCAGCUUCUGAGGGGUAAUUAUUUGCAAAAUUAGUAAUAAAUAAAUAAAUAAAUGAAAAGGCAUCACUUAUUGUUAAAUAUGCUUCACUGGCUAACUGAAAUGAUAAAAUUGUAUUCCUAUAGCAUAUAAGGAACAUAGCUUGCCUAUCGAGCUCGGUUGAGCUCGGUCGGCAUGCUUAGUGAUCACCCCAUCCAUCUGUCUAAAUACUACUUUUCGUUACAGAUUGUCUAUACUUAAACGGCAGCAGUUAUCAUGGCAACAUAUCUGUGACAGCCUCAGGUAUUCCGUGCCAAUCAUGGACAGAACAAUGUCCACAUCGUCAUACAAUGAACAAAACAUAUCCAGAACUAAAUAACGCUAAGAAUUAUUGUCGAAAUCUUAGGAACUCAGGACAACGACCUUGGUGUUUUACCACAAAUAGGAACAAGAGAUGGGAGUACUGUGAUAUCCCUAAAUGUAUACGAG